GUGACAGCGACAAGCCAGCCCAGUACAGGUGUGACCCUCGCCAGGUAUGGAGCUCACGCGAUACCUGUUACCUGUCUGCCUGACUCUACUUAUCCCUGCAGAAGUUGAGGGCGUGGCGCGCACAGAGGCUGUUUCCAGUGACCCUGCAAUGGUCGCCGGGACCCUAGGGGCGUCCCCAGUCACCCCCCAGCAUCCGCCUCUCCACGCAGAGGCACUGCUCGCUAUCCUCAGAACGGCCUUCCAAGACACUCGCUCCCUCAAGGUCCUUCACGAUAGCACCAUCGCGGCUAAGGACGUUCUUCAGCGUCUCUUACUCGGCGGCAUCCCAAUGGCCGUGCAGGUCAGAGACAUAAUCAAUUCCCCCCAGGACCCCGGCGACCACCUGGAACACUUCAGGAGGCGAGGAAGCCAUAACUCUGACCUGGACAUCACCAUUUUGUUGUUCCUCGACCAAGACCGCGUCCAAAGUUUCCUGAGAGCGAGGUCGUCUGCCUGGGUGAUGGGCCCGCUAGUGUUGGUCAGCCUCCACACGACCCCCUUCACUAGACAGGUGCUGGUGGCGGCAGGAGAGGUGAGUCGUGUGGUACUGCUUUUGCCAACCUUCACCUCAGGGGGUCACCUGCGCUACAACAUGGUCACCUACUUCCCGUACAACCCCGUGGGCGCCAGGUACCGUACGAAGCUGGUGGAGAGAGAGACGUUAACAAGACACCAGCUGUUUCUCGAGCGUUUUCCGGACUUCCACGGCCAGCUGUUCCAUCUAGCCAGCUGGAUUGACGACUUUCCAUAUCUCUUCUACGAUAAUGAGAAGAAGGUGGUGGGUAUUGGCCAGGCGAUGCUUCAGGAGAUAGCUAGUCGCCUCAACUUCACCUACCACCUGCAGGAGAUCCCACCUGACGAGUACUGGGGGGAGCUGAUUAACGGCACCUGGGUCGGGAUGCUGGGGCAGGUGGUGAGGAAGGAGAAAGAUUUUAUCAUCAAUGGCAUGGCGGUGGUGCUCGACAGAUACCAGGCAGCUGACUUUAGUGUUCCCUACUUCAGCGACUCCUACAGUAUUACCCUGAAGGUCCCCCCACCCUUUCCACGCUGGCGGUCUGUGGUGUAUCCGUUCGGUGUGUGGGUGUGGGCGGGAGUGUUGGCUGCCUUAGUGAUGCUCUCUCUUAUAUUCCACCUCCUCGUCCGGGCUGACUCCUCGCCCAUCUACAACAACAGGAUGGACGUGUUGUCGACGAUGGUAUGGCUCUCCAGGACACUCCUCCGACAGUCAGUGCCAAGAGUGCCAGAGGUGAUGGGGUGCCGAGCCUUCCUGGCCUGUUGGUGGCUCUCAGCUCUCGUGCUCUCCACCUCCUAUAUGGGCAAGCUGAUAGCCUUCCUCACCGUGCCCACACAAACACGGAGGAUAGACACUCUAGAGGAACUGGCUGCCGCCCAGGUCAAGAUACAUAUGUUGGACUACGGUAACUUCCUGCCUGGUUACCUGUGGUCAUCUAAGGAACCUGUACUACGGAGGCUGGGGAACAAGUUGUCGCUUUUACCGGACUACGACCAGGUUCUGCAGGCCUUCGAUAGCGGGGCCGGGGUGCUGGAGGCUACUGAAUACUCCCAGUUUCUGUUUAUCACUCGGAGUAGGAGCAAGACUUCCUACGCCGUCGAGGAGAAGCUGUAUCCGAACUACGUGGGCUGGGCGUUCCAGAAGGGCGCUCCUUAUAAAUACAUCUUUGACAGGUACUUAAACGCCAUGUCUCAGUCGGGCUUGGUGAUGCAGUGGCGACGCUCCAUCAUCGAAGACUUCCGACGGUCUACAGGAGACAAGCAGAGGUCGGCGACGAAGGGGAUGCUACAGGUGGAGGAGGAGGAGAAGCAGGUCCUUGAGCCUUUAACCCUGGAGAACAUACAGGGAGCCUUCAUAGUGCUGGCAUUCGGUAGUGUGUUGGCCUUGUUGGUGCUGGUAAUAGAGGUGGUGGUGAUGUACUGUGGCUAGUGUGUGUGUGUGAGAGAGAGAGAGAGAGAGAGAGAGAGAGAGAGAGAGAGAGAGAGUAUGAUGACUCCAAAUCAACAACACUCGUCUCAACCAUCUACUAAUCACAUCGGCUGUCGUGUAGCACAGUCGUCACCCAAGAGGUUUCCUGCACACCUGUAAUUGAUGUCACCACCUGCUGUAGUGGGAUUCAAACACACCUGUAACUCGUAUGUGCUUGGAAACCCCAUUAUGUACACGGAUGAGCCUAUAGAGUAUGUCUAAGCGAAUAUCGAUGUCACUUGUCAAAUAAUAAUAAAAGUAAAAAAAUAAUAAAGCAAAUUGAAUAA